AUGAACGAAAUUUGGCAUCGUGGUUUUAUCAAGUACCGGCAGAAAAAUGCUUUAGUCCUCAACGGCAUACAUGCUGACAUAAGUGCUAUAUUAGGGGAUGACGCUCCAGCUUUAUCAACAGUGCAAAAGUGGGCAGCUGAAGUUAGGAGGGAAGGGGAGAAACUUGAAGAUGACCCAAAGUAUGGACGUCAUGCAACUUCUACCAACGAGGAAAAAAUCGAUCGUCUUCCCCACAUGAUGGAUGACAAGCGACUGAUUUUAAAUCAAAUAGCCAAUGUUAUUAGUAUAUCCUGUGAGAGAGCUGAGAAUAUUCUGCGCAAUGAACUUGGCAUGACGAAUGUUUCUGCUCGGUGGACGCCACGUUUUCUGACACCUGAUCAAAAGCGAACCAAGCAGAUCACAUCACGGGAAAAUUUGAUAUCGUUUUGA